AUGAGGAAAAAGGAACGGAAGAAAAAGAAGGAGGAAAAGAAGAAAAAGACGAAGGAAAAGGGGGCAAAACAGAAGGGGAAAUGGAAUCAGACUGGACGAUUCAAAGCUAACAAGAAAAUAGAUGGUGCCCUUUCAGAUGAAAAUAAUGAGUAUAACCAAGAUGUUAAAUCAGAAAAUGGAUCAAGUGAGGCUGCACCAGACAUAAAGAAAGACACACAGGAGUUGGAAGAUGAUACUGAUUGCAAGAAAAUAGACAACAGAGCUGAAAAAGAACGUUCUCAUGUUGAACUAGCUUAUCAGAAUAAUAAAUCUGCAGAGUUUAAAUCGGACUUCAAUGUAAAGACGGAAGGAAACGAAUGCACUGACGAUAUAACUCAACAUGAUGUAGAGUCCAAAAAAGAAAAACAGACAAAACAGGAUGAACAUAAAGAAAACGUAAUAUACCUGAAGUUUGAUUUCGAUACACUGACCAACAGCCAUAAACAGACCAUAUCUGAAAUCCGAAGAAUCGUUCACACACAGCUGGAAGAUCAAGUUGUCAAGGCUAUUUCUAAGGCUGUGCUGGAAGAAAUGGAGCUCCCUAGAGAGACAGGGAUCGUCUCCUACGUAGAGGAAUGUGCUAAAAUAUGUUGGCUAGCGCGUUUACAUGAUCCGCCGGUUUACAUUGAGUUUGAAGAGAUCGAAGAUGACUCACCUUUUAAGGCUGAAAUGUAUAAGGCAUAUACUAAGACAGGAAAACGGCUGGAUUACGUUGUUUGGCCUCCUGUUUUCCUAUAUAAAAAUGAAAAAAUGUUGACCAAAGGUGUGGCACAAGGAAAGUAA